CCCAAGACAGGUAUCCAGCCAAUCACAGAUGCCUUCCUAUCCUAAUUGCUUCAUGAUUGGUUGACCAUGAGGCGUGUCGAGAAACCUGGGAAUGGAAUGUGGCCCUGGAUAAAUGGUUAACUCUUUCAGUGCCUGAGACAUUUACAUGUGUAGAAGCUGGUUUAUCAGAGAGAGAGAUCACUCAGUCUUGGGACACAGUGCCUGCUGGUCAGACUCUGUCUAUCUGUCUGUCUAUCUGUCUGUCUGUCUGUUUCCUCCGGCUAGGAUAACUAGAUGUACAUGUCUGGCGUGUUAUUUAUUCCAGUGCCUAAGGCACUUCGCACUAGCAGGCAGUGCUUGAAACACAUAUGCUGCCUAAUAAGUAUAAUUGCACAGCGGGGUUUAUAGACAUAGUGAGCAGAGAGAGGCACAUUGUGGGUACUAUUGACACCUCUACUUAUUUCCCUGGAUUUUCUUUGCAGGAGUUAUUGGAAUUGUCUUUAGCUACACCGUGAGACCAUCGCCACACCAGCUCCGUGACCUUGAAAAGCCUGCAUCCUGAAGAGACCAGGUGAGAGCAGGGACACAGUGCAGGAUUAAAGGAGCCACGAAGAGACAUGUCUAGAGCAGGAGACGUGGUCUCUGUGUUCCAUUGUCAUGCUCUUUAACUCCUCCUUUGCAUUUAGUGAAUUUAUCUGAAAUGUGUGGCUCUGUGUGUAAUCACUUGUUGUCUACAUUGUAACCACAGUGCAGCACAGACUUUAGCGUGAAAAUGUAGGUAUAUUGUAUACUGCACUGACAGGUGUACUCAGCUCUUUACAGGUUACAUUGCAGUAGAGGGAGGUACAGUAAGUGCAGUAGGUAUACAGUGUAUGUAUAUUUAUAUAGCGCUAACAUGUGUACUCAGCACUUUACAGGUUACAUUACAGUAGAGGGAGGUACAGUAAGUGCAGUAGGUAUACAGUGUAUGCAUAUUUAUAUAGCGCUAACAUGUGUACUCAGCACUUUACAGGUUACAUUACAGUAGAGGGAGGUGCAGUAGGUAUACAGUGUAUGUAUAUUUAUAUAGCGCUAACAUGUGUACUCAGCACUUUACUGGUUAUAAAAUAAAAAGAGGAAUUUGGAAGCAAGGGGAUACACUCAUAUAGGGGUUAACCCUUUGGAAACUACAGCAGUAGUGGAGACAAGGAGAAAAAGACAGUGAGUGCCCCUAAAUAUUAAAAUAUAGCUUUUAAUAGUAUAGUUAAAAUAAAUGGAGUAUAUGCUAUAAAUUUUAAAAGAGAAAAUAAUAAUUAUAUUUACAGAAUAAACCAUAAAAGUUACAAUUCUAAAGGGAAAACCAACUCACACUGAAUAUAACUAUAAUCAAAGGGAUAAUGAAGUCCUGUUCAAAAGUUUUCAGGAUCCUUCUCCUAGUAAUAUGCAAAAACCUGCGGUUUUUACAAUGAAAUUGUAUACAAAACAAAGUAUACAAGGUGAGUUGUGUCCCAAAAGUCCAAAUAAACUACAUACAAUGGUGAUUAGAUUGCAAAGCUAUGUGAAGAUAGCACAGGGAUACCUGUAUCUAAUAUAAAUGUAACAGUAGAUUACCAAAAAAGAAGCUUAUGGUUACAUAUGACAGCGUAUAGUAUUCACUGCAUCCAAACAAGCUCAGAAUAAAUAUGGGAAUAGUGCUGACAAAAAGCCUGUAUCUAGCACAAUUAGAUAUUCACAUUCACAGUGCUUUUUGGUCAAAGAAAAAAAGGGGGGGGGGGGCAGAGGAGAAGGCAGUGUGUUUAUAAUAGUGCAAGAAAAAAUAUGUGCACUGAUUAAAAAAGAAAACCUCCUACUGCAACGAAAAAGGGGGAAGUAAUGCCUAAAUGUUGAGAUCGGAGUGGGGCUCGGGAUCACACGGUCAGUGCAAAAACUAAUAUUGUGCUCAUCUCAGGAUCCCUUGGGAGCCCCUUAGCCCCUGACGCGCGCGUUUCGCCCGCAGCUCAUCAGAGGGGAACCGAUGUGUGGGGAGAAAACCGAUAUAUAAAGGUAAGUGAACAGUUCUUAUUGGUCAGUUUGAAAAGAGUCAUACCAUUAUUAACCAAUCAGAGGAGGACUGGGGUAUGACGUAACUCGGUGUAACAAAUACACCCGAGCCCUAGUCUUGAAUCCAUUUAACCCCUUCAGGGUUGGAAAGAUGAUAAGAAAGGAUCUUCAUAUGAUUUUAAUUCAGCCCUAUUAAUAUAUAUAUAAUAUUGAGGGCUGUGAUAUCACAGCCUCAGACGAGCACAAUAUUAGUUGGUGCUAAGACCAGAACGCACAAUUUAUUUUUGCACUGACUGUGUGAUCCCAAGCCCCACUCCGAUCUCAAAAUUUGGGGGUUUAUUUGGACCAGACACCUAAUUUAUUUAGGCAUUACUCCCCCCUUUUUCAUUGCAGUAGGAGUUUUUCUUUUUUAAUCAGUGCACAUAUUUUUUCUUGCACUAUUAUAAACACACUGCCUUCUCCUCUGCCCCCCCCCCCCUUUUUUUCUUUGACCAAAAAGCACUGUGAAUGUGAAUAUCUAAUUGUGCUAGAUACAGGCUUUUUGUCAGCACUAUUCCCAUAUUUAUUCUGAGCUUGUUUGGAUGCAGUGAAUACUAUACGCUGUCAUAUGUAACCAGAAGUUUCUUUUUUGGUAAUCUACUGUUACAUUUAUAUUAGAUACAGGUAUCCCUGUGCUAUCUUCACAUAGCUUUGCGAUCUAUUCACCAUUGUAUGUAGUUUAUUUGGACUUUUGGGACACAACUCUCCUUGUAUACUUUUUUUUGUAUACAAUUUCAUUGUAAAAACCGCUGGUUUUUGCAUAUUACUAGGAGAAGGAUCCUGAAAACUUUUGAACAGGACUUCAUUAUCCCUUUGAUUAUAGUUAUAUUCAGUGUGAGUUGGUUUUCCCUUGAGAAUUGUAACUUUUAUGGUUUAUUCUGUAAAUAUAAUCAUUAUUUUCUCUUUUCAAAUUUAUAGCAUAUACUCCAUUUAUUUUAACUAUACUAUUAAAAGCUAUAUUUUAAUAUUUAGGGGCACUUUACUGGUUAUAUUACAGAAGGGAGGUACAGUAAGUGCAGUGGGUAUACAGUGUAUGUAUAUUAUAUGUAUAUAGCGCUAACAUGUGUACUCAACACUUUCCAGGUUACAUUACAGUAGAGGGAGGUACAGUAAGUGCAGUAGGUAUACAGUAUAUGUAUAUUGUAUUUAUAUAGCUCUAACAGGUGUACUCAGCACUUUACAGGUUACAUUACAGUAGAGGGAGGUACAGUAAGUGCAGUAGGUAUACAGUGUAUGUAUAUUUUAUUUAUAUAGCGCUAACAGGUGUACUCAGCACUUUACAGGUUACAUUACAGUAGAGGGAGAUACAGUAAGUACAGUAGGUAUACAGUGUAUGUAUAUAUUAUUUAUACAGCGCUAACAGGUGUACUCAGCACUUUACAGGUUACAUUACAGUAGAGGGAGGUACAGUAGGUAUACUGUGUGUGUAUAUUUAUAUAGCUCUUACAGAUGUAAAUUGCAGUAGAGGAAGAUACAGUAAGUGUAGUUAUAUUGUAUGUAUAAUAGUUAUAGCGAAGGACCAUACAUACUGAUAUACUAAUUAUAUUAGGGUUGUAGUACAUAUGGCUACAUUUGGAUGGGGGUCCCUGCCCCAGGCAUAAAAUAAAAGGAGUAUACAUAGCAUGAUAUAAAUAUAGCUAGUUGCUGGGAACACUGACCGCAUCUUGCUAGGCUUUGAUGGAGUGAGAGGGCGCUGGAGAACGGAAUAAAACCUAAUCUGCUUUAAUUUAAGCUACAACAUAUAUAAUGUGCAUUACUCUUUCAGAGCAGAGAACGUAAACCUCAGUAACACAGCCGAGCCCCAUAAAGUAUAAACACAUUGAAUCUGUAGCUGUGAAAUGUUUCACCAUUUAAAUCACAGUCACGAGACAGUCAAAAGGUUGAUUUUUGAAGGUCCUCUUACAGUUGGUCCUUGUUUUACCUUUGAUCAUUGUGUCAGCACUGAUGGGUUAAUUACUCACAAAUUAAUUGCGUGAGUUGUGGUGAUGCAGGGAUCUGCCCAAAACAUGUUCCCAAGUGUUCACCGAGGCAUAGAGUUUAGAAAACAAAUCUAUAUAAUAAUGUAAUGUAGUAAUCCCAUGUGAUCUGUUUAGCUUUGUGUAUUCACAUAAGUCUGUCAGCUCUUCAAUUUUUGCAGAGAGGGAGCUGUUUAUGAAUUCUUUAUUUUUCGGGACAAUGACAGAAAGUGCUACCCAGCAGGAGAUGAAAUUCAUAGGCUUCUGGUUUGAACCUAAUCUACAAAUCACGGCAAUGAUUCUAGUCAUGAAGAACGUAUUUGGAGAUUAUGAAUUUCACAUACAGUCAGACAGCACCUUCGAACCCUCUCCAACAGAAUGAAGAAUUCAUAUUAUGUCUCAUACUUCCACUUUAGUUUACAAGUGUUACCACGGCAUGUCACAAAGGGGAGUUUUGGCAACAAAACCAAUACAGUGCACUGUAGUAGUUAUGAUCUCAAUCUACACCCAAACCUACUUCAUUUCUGAAAUUACGAAGCAGACAUCUGAUUUCUAAUGGGACUCCGUGCAGACUGGGUUAAUAAUUAGUCUGAAGAAUGUCAGCAUUUAUGAUGUGUGAUUAAAGCAGAAUGCUCCUUUAAAUCGUUUCACUCAAACCGGCAUUCCUGAUUUUAUUCAUAAUACAGAUUAAGGAACAGUGCACACACAUCAAUGCAGUUAAAAUGUUAUAAGACUACUUAAAAUCACUUAUCUCCACAAACCAAUAUGGGGAUUCAAUUCCACCAUAUGGUCAUAUUUUGUUAUAGUGAUUCUAUAGUGCCAGGAAAACAAAGCUGUUUUCUUGGCACUAUAGAAUCCUACAGCGCUCUCCCUCCCACCGCCUUUUCCCCCUUCAGUCACUUACCUGAAUCCAGCGCUGAUGACCCUCAGCAAUGACCGCACUCGCAUUAGGACUUCCCCAUAGGAAAGCAUUAUUCAGUGCUUUUCCUAUGGGGAAAAAUCUGAUGCUGAAGGUCAGUUCUGGAAGUCUCUCAAGUGGCUGUCUGGUAGACAGCCUAGAGGAGGCGUUAACCCUCAGAGGUAAUUAUUACAGUUUCUCAGAAACUGCAAUAAUUAACACUGUAGGGUUAAGGGACAUGGAACAUUGCACCCAGACCAUUGCAAUGAACUGAAGUGGUCUGGGUGCCUACAGUGUCCUUUGAAGCCCACCACCACUUAACAGUACUACAAUAUCGGUGGGUCCUAAUACCAAUGUAGGAGACGAAUUAUAUAGUGAUAGUGCCAAAUGAGCCAAACUGUAUUUAAUUAAUAUGUAAGAGUAUUGUGAAUCUAUAUAAAUGGAAAAUUAAUGAAAACAUAUAUAUUGCACAAUGUAAAAAAAAUACAGUGUCAAUAUUAAACAAUUUAAAGUUAUAGUGCAUUAAUGUGUAUAUACUCACAAUGCAUAUCAUAUAUCUGCUCUAUAUCAAAUGAAAACUAAUAUUAAAUAAAAAAAUCAAUGAACUAUAACUUCAAUUGUUUAGUUUUAAUACUGUAAUAUUUUUAAUUGUGGUUCAUUUUGCAUUAUCUAUAUUCGCAAUGCUCCUACAGCAGAUCUGAGACUGUUGGAUGCUAUGCUGUGAGUAAAUCAGACACAAAUGCCCAGGGUAUUAAUCCAUGAUCCUUAUUCAUAGGCUGCAUGCUAAUGUUCUGUUUGGCAAUGCUUUUUAAUAUUUUUAAUUAUAUAAAACCCGAUCUAUAAGUAUGUAAAUGUUCCAUCUGAUCGUUCAUGCUCCAUAAUUUGUUUUUCUCACCAUACAGAGAUCUGUGACCAUGGACGGUCCACACAAGUUCCAGUUUGCCAUAGAUCGAGGUGGUACGUUCACAGAUGUCUUUGCUCGGUGCCCUGGGGGGAAAGUUCGUAUAAUGAAGUUGCUGUCCGAGGAUCCGGCAAACUAUAAAGAUGCCCCUACAGAGGGUAUACGUCGGAUCUUGGAGGAGGUACGAGACACAGGGACUACAGUAGGGAUCUCAAACUUUAAUUCCCCAGAUGUUGAUGGCCUGCAACUCCUAUAAAAAUAGGAAUGCAAUAGAUAGCCAGAGAGUCUUAGGAAUUGUAGUUUGGCAACAACUGGAGGGCCAGAGUUUGAGAUACCUCGGCCAUAGGGAUUCCUAUAAUGGUUUGUUAAUCUCAAUAAUGGUAACAAGUGGGCUAUUCUGGUAUUUGUCCUGAAAACCAAACAUUUUACAUUACUUUCUUUCCUCUCUUUUACCCACUUUUUCCCAAGUGUGCGCUCUUUUUGACUGUUGGAGUUUUAUUACUAACAGGAGCUAUUCAGAAAACUUGUAUAUAUGAAGAAUUUACAAGGAAAAUGUUAUUCCCAAAUAGCCACAUUUUUAAAAUUGUCAAUGGGAGUUUUUCCAACUGGCUAUUUUGGUGUGGAAAUUGCACGUUCUUUCCAAUUAUGAAGUUACAUAGCUGGUAAUUAAAUAAAAGAUUCUAAAGACAUAGUUUUACCGGCGAUCUGAAUAAGUGUAAUUGUAGUGAGAGUUAGUCCUUUUAUCUGACAGUGUAUCUGACAAAGUGGUAGAGCCUGGCAUGGAUUGUUGGUACAUCUCACUCUGUGACUGACUUUGUUAGUAAGUGAUUCAGUGGGUGAUGAGUGUUUUGUCUAUAUAAUAUUCCUCCACUGACUUUGUAGUUCUGUAUACCAAAGGAAACCAAGCUUGCAUUCCCACGUGAUUGCCCACUCAAUACCAACCUCAUAGAAUGGAUAAGGAUGGGAACCACUGUAGCUACCAAUGCCUUAUUGGAGAGGAAAGGGGAACGUAUUGCACUGCUCAUUACCCGUGGCUUUCGGGACCUUCUCCAUAUCGGGAACCAGUCUCGACCAAAGAUCUUUGACCUGGUAUGUUACUAAUCACUGUGUUUAAGCAUAUUAUGUAGCAAAAACUGUAAAUAGAAAAUUGGAUGUGUUUAGAUACAGUCAGCUACCAUAUUCACUAGGCUUGAAGGAGGAGUUAGAGCAGCUAAUCACCCUUUACUAUUUAUUUUAAGCUCUACUUUCAUGGAUAUCAAACAAUUGCAAACAAAAAACACAGGUUUACCAAUAAAAACAACAGUCUAUAUUUGUGGCGCCUUUGCACUAUUGUCCUUUGUCAAGAAAACCGCUUUGAAUCUUCUCCUAUGAAUCCUGAUGAGUUUUGAGAAUACAUGGCAAAGGGUCUGAGACAUUUCCUCCAUACAGAAUCUCUCCAGAUCCUUAAAAUUUAAAGGAACACUAUAGGGUCAGGAACACAAACAUGUAUUCCUGACCCUUUAGUGCAAAACCCACCAUUAGGUGGCUUGCCCCCCUUAAAAGCAUGAAAAACUCACCUUAUAUCCAGCGCCGUGCGGGUCUGCCGGAACUGACCCCGCCCUCCUGGUGACAUCAUAUGAAUUGCCUAUUUUUAGCCAAUCCAAUGCUUUCCCAUGCGGAAAACAUUGGAUUGGCUAAAAUCGUCAAGGGGGCCAUCUUGGCUGUUCAGCACCUCCUUAUAGAGAUUCAUUGAAUCAAUGCAUCUCUUUGAGGAAAAUUCAGCAUCCCCAUGCAGAGCGUGGGGACGCUGAACGGCAGAGCUGCCUACUGUGCAGCACUGAGCCGGGAAGCUCCUCCAGUGGCCAUCUGAGGAGUGGCCGCUUGGAGGUGUCCCUAGAGGCAAUGUAAACACUGCCUGUUCUCUGAAAAGGCAGUGUUUGCAUCAAAAUGCCCAAAGGCAAUGAUUAUACUCACCAGAACAACUACAUUAAGAUGUAGUUGUUCUGGUGACUAUAGUCUCCCCUUCAUUGAUGCUGGUGGCCUCUCCUCUUCAUUUCAUGGUUUUCUGUGGGGUUCAAGUAAGGGGACUGGGAUGGCCAUUCCAGGAUAUUGAUUUUGUGAUCAGUAAACCAUUUUUGUCCAGCUGGAAUAUCCAACCACGGCCCAUUUUAAGGUUUCUGGCAGAGGUAGUCAGGUAUUUAUUUAGAGUCCAUAAUGCCAUUUUUAUCCUAACAAAAUGUCCAAGUCAUCUGUUAGAAAAACAGCCCCAAAACAUUAAAGGACUAUCACCAUAUUUAACCAUGGACAUGAGGUACUUUUCCAUAUGGCUAUCCCUUUGUGUGCAUCAAACUCACCUCUGGUGUUUACUGCCAAAGAGCUCUAUUUCGGUUUUGUCUGACCAUAGAAGCCGAUCCCAUUUUGAACUUCCAGUAUAGUCUGGCAAACUAAAGUUGGUUGAAUUUGUUUUUGGAUGAGAGUAAAGGCUUUUUUCUUGAAACCCUUUGUAACGGAUUGACUGGCACCCCAACCGGGUAUCUCCGUUGAAGGAUGCUCCUAGCGCUUCCUGAGGGUUUCCAGCACUCCAGCAGACACCAUAACCACCAUAGACUCCUUCAGAGAGCAAGACAGGGACAAGCUCUUACAAGAGCUUAGUAGUGAUACAGCAAGGGAGUAUGACUAGCAUAGCAAUCCCUCGUAGCAGAUUCCCCCAAUAAGAGACGGCACUCCAAAUUGAGGGUGAAGUAGAACUGCCAGAGCCGUGGGUUUAUUGUUCUUAUACACAUUCUUACACAUUAGUACCACCCACAGGGUUUUGUAAAACAACCAAUAAACACAUACAAUACACUCAGACACUCCCACACAAAAUCCUCCCCUCUGCCUGUGAUACAAUUACCUUACACAAUGGGUUAAUGUAAUUAUCACAGGCAGGAAAAUACAGUUUUACACAAUAUUCAUAACUUUAAAAGUAUGCAUCACAUUCACAUUUACAUUUUCAGAAUCAGCAUACUCCAAAUACAAACCUACGUCAAAAUCAUACAAAUUGGUCCAGUGGGUCAAAAGUUAGAUCCAAGUCCUGAACAAAUGAAGCAUGACUUUUCUGCCCAAAACCGGUUCCACAGAGUCUUCUAUCCUGGAGAUAAUUGGGAAGUAAUCCAAUUAUCUCCAAGGAAAGAGGCAAAACUCCAUUAGCCACAUGGUAGCAAAAGACCGUAAAAUACAAUAAAAUACACAAAUAUAUAUAACUGUGCAGCUAUUGCAUAAAACAGGUACAUUCAUAUAUUCAUACAUAUCCCCAGAUAGCUUAGAUCUGAGCGCACAUUAUUACUGAAUCACAUACAUACAGUUCAAUUGCCAUGGAGCCAAAGUCUUUCACAUAGUCUUUCGUUAUACGAAUGGGCUCCGUGGCAUAGCUAUCUGGGGUAUCACUGUUCAAAUAGGGAAAGUACCGAAUGACCCGGCUUUCGGGUCUUUGCAGGGGAAAAUCAAGCAUUUCAACAUGGGGCCAUAGUCACAGGGCAGGAGGCUGGCAAUCUGUCUUCUCCAAUGCCUAGUGGCGAGGCUGGUUCCGCCACACCCUUCCAAACAACUUGUGGUGAUGUAGGUGACGUUGGAUUGUAGAUGCAAUUAACCUCUGCAAUUCUCCAGCUGCAAAUCUCCUUGGAGAUUUUUUGGCCACUUGAACCAUCAUUAUUCAUUGCGUUGAGACAAUAUAGACACACGUCCUCUUCCAGGUUGAUUCAUAACAUUUCCAGCUGACUGGAACUUCUUAUUAUUGCCAUAAUGGCGGAAAUUGUCAUUUUCAAUGCUUCUGUUAUUUUCUGAUAGUCACUUCAAAUUUUGUGAAGCUCAACAACCUUUUGAUGCACAUCACAGUUACAUCCUUUAAUCUUACCCAUUGUGAUGAAUGACUAAGGGAAUUUGGCCUAUGUGUUAUCUCCUAUUUAUACCCCUGUGAAACAGGAAGUCAUGGUUGCACAAUUUCCUGUUCCUAGUGACCCAGAUAUUCUAAAAAAAAAUUUAAAAUAUCAAUGGGAAUCAAAUAUAGUUUUCUCAUGUGAAUUCAUAGGAGUGCCAAUAAUUGUGCCACACAUAUUUAACGAAGAUUUUUUUAUUUUUUAUAAACCUGUGUUGUGUUUGCAGUUGUUUCCGAUCCAUGAGAGUGUUUUUGUGUAUUUUUUUUUAUUUUAUUUAUUUUUUUAACAAACGAUCUAAAGGUUAAACAAUAAAGACAAUUUUUUACAACCUACUUUGCUCAUAUUUACCAAGAGUGCCAAUAUUAGUGGAGGUCUGUGAAGACCGUGGCAUCUAUGGACACAUAAGGGGGUUCUGCCCUAAAAUAACAUUAGCAGUCAGGAUAGAGAAAGUGCAACAAUGGCUAAAGGCCAUGGAGAUGGUUUGACUUAAAAUCAAAGAUGACCACUUGAUGGGUAAACUUACCGUCCAAGUUAGAAAAACACUCCUGUCCUUCGACAAAUCCUGGCGACCCUGUGAGGAUUUCUCAACUGUAGUUUCCUUAUUUCUUGAUAGGGACUUUUAGUGAACUGGGUACACACUGCCACAAAAAAACAACUGUUUAUUUGUGGUUUUUUGCUUAUCUCCUUUUUUUUUGUUCUGAAAUUAGUUCUUGAUUUGGAACUAAAUCUGCAUGUAUGUUACAUUUUGGAAUGUGGGAUGAUGUAAGAAAGUGACAGAUUGUAGCAUCUGCCAAUGUGCACCAUUGUCACAGUGGUUGUGUUUUACAAUUGCUUUACACUUUAGUGUGUAUGUGUUUGUGAUUAUACACAUACAUAUUGUAGCUGACCCCGGGUAUUCUGACCGGUUACCUCCACUAAUUCCCUUCCUUCAGCCAUUCAGGAACCCCUUAGAAUACGAGACCCAUUUCCCCCGCCCCCCCAGUAACUGGACGAGACAGAGUUCUGGAGGUACAACACCAGACUCUGGGUGCCUCUGUGCCUGGGAGUCCAGGCGCAGGAAAAGGGGACCAUCCCUUUGUCUCCUCAGGUACAGGAAAGCCCGCCAAACUAGCCAGUGCCCCAAAAGGGUCCACACCAAUCCCAGAGACCCGCACAACGGCUCCUCUUUCGAUUAACCUCCGUUCGUGAGGUCCCAGUGUGAACCCCAAACAAGGGAAGCGUCUCCUUUCGUGGUAUGAAUGCUCCCCCUGGCCGAUGUUUGUCGGUACCAAUGGCAUUCACCCAGGGGAGUAUUCAUGAAAUACUUCCCUUGCUGUUUCACAACUAUGUUGCAAGUGCGAACGUUCUGAUUAAUUUGUGCGAACGUUCUAAUGGGGCACUGGGGAGGUCCUUGUUCGGGGCAUGAACAGGCCGGGAAACAACCCGUGAACGCUUCCCCUGGUUGGUGUUCAUCUAACGAAAUGGCGGCCACCCAGGAAGUGCUUAUUAAUUGUUUCCCUUGCGGUUUGCCACUUAUGUGACGAGGUGAGAACAUUCUAACCUAACAUUCUGAAUGAGAUAUCGGGGUGGUCCCUGUUCGGGAUGGGAAUGGAUUCCCUUUGUGGAAGCACUCCAAAUGGGAAAUGGGCACAUUACACGAAAACAUACACCUAAUAUAAAAAGGAAUCCAGGAACAGGCAGGGGUUCUGCCACACAUAUAUACAUAUAAUAAAAUUGCUUUCAAUAUAUUAUUAUAAAUGUUUAUCAACAAAUUUCAAAUCCUAUGAAGAGCUUAUCCCAAAAACUUAAAUGGAGACCAUUGUAAGGUACUAUGCAUGUCAGCUGUCACAUAUCUUGUCUUGUAUCCCAUCCAACAGGAUCAAUAUAAUUCCUGCAGGAGGACAAAUGUGUAUUUUGUUACAUACUUUAGAUGUGCCAUAAAAUGAAACUAACAUUUAGAUGAUACUUAACAAUAACUCUUCUUUGUAUUGACACAAAUCUACUUCUCUUCACAGAACCAUAUAAUACUGUGGAAUUUAGGUUCCUUUGUGCAGUCCUGUUGUGUAUAUGUGUGUGACAGCUGUAAUCCACACCUGCUGGAUCUUUAGAUGUGCCCUUCCUUCCAGGAUCACUUUUACAUUUUUAUGGUGUAAAUCUAACCACUUUAGUGACUUAGGAGAAACCAAUUAAAAAAACAAAAAACAAAAAAAAAAACACUCUCUAGCCUACUAUAGAUUAGUAUCCAUGUGAUUGACACAAGCAGAACCUGACGUUCCUCCAAUUCAGCUAAUUAGCUGUUGGGUGGCUGUUUUAGAGCCUGACCAUGAGAUAUUCAAUCUUCAUUAAAACAGACAAACAAACACCAGAAGGUAAUUAAGAGUUAUACAAGUCUUGUACGAAAUGCUUAACAAUGAAGAAUAAAACCUCUUUGACAAGCUGAACCAUCACUUUAUUAUUUGUCACUGUGAAUAUAACACGAUGACAGCUGUCAUCACAGUGCUACAGUGUUUGCAAAUCAUCCUCCGUGUCAACUAGUGGUCCUCUGUCCUCAGGAAAUCCAAAUGCCCGACGUUCUCUAUGAGGAGGUUAUUGAGGUACAGGAACGAGUUGUCCUGCAGCGUGAAGACUGUGGUCUCCCCAAGGACCCAUGCAUAAAAUCUUUUGUAGGUGAGUAGCGGUACUAGCUUAGUCAGCUUUUAUUUAAGUGAUUUCUAAAAGGUCAGAGGCAACUGGAUCCUGACUUACUGUCAGGACAGGUAUUCCUGUCUUUCAAUUAUUGAUAUAUGGUUUGUUCUGGAUUUACUUGCAUGUUUGUUGGGUAUACAUUGUAGAAAGUAUUAUUCACAAGAAAAGCCCAAUCCUAGAGUUAAAGGUCUUCACUGAAGUCCAAUAUUUUUAUACAGAGAUCCACAAUCACAAAAUGGGGAAUUUAUAAAUAUAAAGGGAAAAUUGGCUCAAAACCCUAAAAGUGGGCAAUUACAAUGCAAACUACAGAAGUUUUCCCUUGGUUUCCAUGGUGACUGCUCCAUUAUUCUAUGGUAUAGUUCCUUUAUAUGUUAUAAAUCCCUCCCCUAAGACAUCACUACAGUAAAUAUAUUCUCAAUUUACCGUUCUGCAUGGAAGUCAUGGAAAUUCCUAUGUUUAGGUUCCACAGGAGAUUCAUUGGAAGUUUGGGAACCGGUCAACCUGGAGCAGUUGAAGGUCGAGCUGCUGGGUGUGCUGUCCCGUGGGAUACGGAGCCUGGCUGUCGUCCUCAUGCAUUCUUACACGUGAGAAUAUCGAUCUGAAUAUACAAGUGAAUCUGUAUUUAAUGUCAGUCUCUGCCAUAGCUUUAACAUCCAUGAGGCUUGAGCUCUACUUUACCCUUAUUUGCUUAUUUAGUAUCUCUCUAACACCAAGGCCCUGGAUCACUUUAAAUAGAAUCUUGUCAUUCUACAACUAAUCUUGACUUGAGUAGCUAAUGUUAUUAUCAUACGCGGUCAGCUAAAAGCUAGUGAAUAUGCAGCCAAUUCAUUCAAAUACUUUGUUACUAAUGGUCUGAAAAAUAAGUUUUUUCUAAAUGCGCCAACUGUGAAACUACUCAACAGCUUUAAGGAUACAUAGCCCUCUAGUGUUAUGAGAAUAGUGGUUUCAGUGGUUAUUAAAACGUUUUUGAAUUGGAGUAUUACACUUAUGAGACGAGAUGCUAAAAUAUCUUAGGUGGUCGGAACAUGAGCAUCAGAUAGGAGAGCUGGCCCGUUCUUUGGGAUUUACCCAUGUGUCGCUGUCUUCAGAGGUGAUGCCAAUGAUUCGCAUGGUCCCCCGUGGGUAUACAGCCUGUGCUGAUGCAUAUCUCACCCCCUGCAUACAAAGAUAUCUGGAUGGGUUCAGCAAUGGAUUUCAAAAUCGGCUAAAGGUAAGAGGCAAGGACUUUCAGUUAUCCCAGUUAAUUUUGUGCAUGUUUGGCGCCUGCCAUCCACAUGCACAGCAUGCUGUCAACAGACAGCCAAUGGCAGCACCCUUCUUCAUGCUUCCAUAUCCUCCCCUCAGUCUGCCCUCCCUGACAGGCAUUCCUAGAGGGGGAGUGAUGUUAGCGAUGGAGGAUCGGGCUGAGGGAGAAAUUGACAAUAAAACCGAGGUUAGUUUUACCAAUUUUCUUUUCAUUUUUUGGGGAGAAGACCAGGAUAGUAAGGGUUACGCAAAGCACCAUAACCACUACUGUAGUAUAAAUCUCCACAUGUGCAUCGGUCCAUAGCCAGACGCUGCACAUACAAACUCCAGGCACCAUGACAACUUCAAGUCCCUGAAGCGGUCAUGUUGCUGAGCUAUUACCUUUAAAUAUCACUUCGACCACAUUUAUUCCCCAUUCUGAUGUUGGAUUUUAACAACAAACAGAAAUGGUUGACUAUGUCUGCAUGCUUUUCUGGAAUGAGUUCCUGCCACGUGAUGAUAAUACUUUCUUCUUGCCAUUUUUUCCUGCGUUGAUUUGUGUUCCUUUGUGUGAUAUCGUAAAUAAGUUAUACAUACUGUAGCUUUUACUCUCUAUAGGGCUAACACAACAUACAAACCAGAUUGUAUCCAUCUCUCCCAAUGUUCUGUUUCAUAACGGGCAAUGAGACCCCCAAUAAAGGGAUUUUCACACUGAGACCAGGCAGAAUAGAUCAUAUACCUCAAAGCCAAUGUCACGGUAUAUUAUUAAUUAACUUGGUUAUGGUUUGAAUUAACAGUGCACUGCCUGCCAAAGCAGGUUCUUUAUUCAACAGCCUGAAAGUAUUUUUCUUCCACAGGAUUUGCAAGUGCUCUUCAUGCAAUCAGAUGGGGGGCUGACACCAAUGCACAGCUUCAGUGGGUCUCGCGCUAUCCUCUCGGGUCCAGCAGGGGGCGUUGUUGGUUACGCUAUCACCACCUAUAAUCAUGAUCACCCACAACCUGUCAUUGGUUUUGAUAUGGGAGGUGAGGAAUGAAUAGUGUGGGUGUUUUUGUAAGUUCCUAAAAUGAAGUUUUAUUUUAUUGUAAAUAAAAUUCCAUUGAGUAAUUAACUAGUCACACACCUGGUAGUAUUGUUACAUUAAUGGUGCUGAUAUUUAUUGACACCCAAGUUAAAUUUGUGUUUUAAUUUUCCAUCCGGUAGUUCUCAAAGCUGCAGUCUGUUAUAAGAAUGCAGCAUAGUAGUAUAGAGCUCCAACUGUCUACUAGUUAGGUAGUGUGGUGAUUGCAUUGAAUACCGUGCGGAGCAACAUGUGCUUGUUUCUGACUGUGCUUUCAUUGAUAUCCCAGAGAGCAAAUAAUAUAGAAAGGUGGGGAGAUGGCAUGGUAUGCCAUUGCCCUCCACUCUAUUAGAGUAUUGUCCAUUCAAUUUUCCUUAAGGUUCAAGCUUGAAGUGUUUCUGGAACCUUGCAGCACCCCUGUAUCUAUCACAGAAUUAAUUCACAGGGGUAUCACAUGAGGUUGCACUCAUCAUAAUAUUUAAAAAUAGAAAAAUGCAAGGUGCUUCCAUCUAGUGGUUGUAAAAUAAACUGCACAAACCCAAAUGACACACGAUUAUAGUUUAUUUAGUAUCAGCAUAAUCCUUAUCACUUUUUAAUUACAUUAUUAAUCAUAGAAAAAAUUUAGAGGUGAAGAUGUUCCUGCUCAAAUGAGCUUUCAAUCUAGGAGGAUUUGAGGUAGGUGGAUAUGUGUUUCAAACCUGUGUUCCUAUGUUUACCUACUACUUGAUAUUGCCAUCAGACUGUCCUCUAGCCUCCAAUCCUAUAAGAAGUCAAAGACUUGUUUAGGAGAAUCUUCCUGGGUGACCCUUCUCUCAUUACAAUUGACCCUCGGUUCCCUUGCUUCCUUAUCCCAGGUCACUCUCUCAUUCCACUCUACACUUGUUACCAGCUUAUUUUGACACAGGUAUCUUAUCCAUCAACCCCUACCCCCUCUGACAUGCUGUUAUUUCUCUUUUUUUGUCUUUACCCCUUUUUUAUAGACUGUACGCAUAUCUGUGCAGGGUCUUCUUCACCUCUUGUCUAAUGGUAUAUUCUGUAUGUCAACCACAUGUCAAAUAUCCCAAUUUUAUAAUUGUAAAGUGCUGCAGAAUAUGGUGGCACUAUAAUAAUAACCUUGUGGGCAAGACUGGCCUUUUGAGGGAUGUUUGUUUAAUGGCUGGGUGAGAGGCUAUACUGCGGUUGAAAUCACAAGCCUGGGGUUUGUUUCUAGAGAUACUGCAAUAGCACACUUACCAGCUCUGCUAUCUCUGGUUUAUGCAAUUCCAAUCAUUUUUUUCUUUUACAAUGUCUCCUUCACACUCGCAGGAACGUCCACAGACGUCAGCAGAUAUGCCGGAGAAUAUGAACAUGUGUUUGAAGCCAUAACAGCUGGAAUCAGUAUCCAAGCCCCACAGCUGGAUGUGAACACGGUGGCUGCAGGAGGAGGCUCCAUGCUCUUCUUCAGGUGGGGGGGGUUACAGGGAUUUUGUGAAAGCUUUCUCUUUAGGUAUUAAAAAGGCGGACUCAUGUAAAAGCUGUGUAGGAAGAGCGAUGUUAAAGGAACACUCUAGUCUCAUUAACAACUUCACCAGAAUGAAAAAGUCUCAAAUUCUGACUUACCUCGAGGGGAUAAACCUUUUAAUGAACAUUUUAAUCCGAAGUUAAAGUUAUGCCCCGGCACUUUGUUUAAUCCUCUGAGGGUUUAAAAAGGAAGCCUUCAUCUAGGCGCUCUCAACCGAUCAAUGGCUCCAAAUUCACAAAAGUGAGUGAAACUAAAUAUUUAUGUUUCUCACUUGGUUUGUGAAUAGGGAGCUACUAAUAGGCUACCACCCUCUGUGGUGCCAACCCCAGAAUUUCCCUUUUAAUGUCCGCUUUAAACUGGAGGUAACCAGUUAAGGAGAAUAAUGUGUCUGCUUUGGGCAGGUAUAAUAGUACAUGACGCAGGGCAGUGAUACCAUCAUUAUUUCUGUUGGGAUAAUUGGUGGGAUUUUUGGGAGUAAAGGAAGAUAAAAUAUAGGAAUAGAAGUUGUUAAGUAGGAGUUCUCUGUUAUCUAUCGGGUGCUAAGAUCAGAGUCCAGGCUUUGACCUACAUAUUGAUAGGGGAAGGUUUACAUGUGUCAGGAGCUGUGAACUAGCUGUGUAUGAUUAUAAUGACUCAAUAUUGAAAUUACAGAUCAGGAUUGUUUGUGGUUGGCCCUGAAUCAGCAGGUGCUCACCCUGGCCCAGCUUGUUACAGAAAAGGUAAUGGAUUUAUUUAAUUUUUUUUGUUUGUUUUAUAUACAGUAGUUGUUUUUUUUUUUUUAUAUAAUUGUAUUCUGGAAGGAACCUUAAUUUGUUUAUUUAUCAAUCUUCCUAUCAAUCAUUCCAGGAGGCCCUUUAACCGUCACUGAUGCCAAUCUGUGCCUGGGCCGACUCCUUCCAGAUUACUUUCCCAGAAUCUUCGGCCCUUCAGAGGACCAGUCGCUUUCCAAAGAUGACACGUUGCGUAUGUUUCAGGAACUCACGGCUGAAAUUAACCUCUUCCAGUCUGAAAGGAUGGGUACAGGAGAGUCUCUGACUGUAGAGGAAGUGGCUAUGGGUUUUAUUAGAGUAGCCAAUGAAGCCAUGUGUCGGCCAAUCAGGUCGCUCACCCAGGUAACGUGGGCAGGUUUCAAUACUCUGAAUCGGAAUUUCCAUAUUUUCUGUUAUAUGAGAUACAGACGAAAUAAUCCAGGUUUCCAAAGUCAGAAUUUUAUUUAUCUUGCAUUAUAUAUUUUUGCUAUUAGAUUAAAAAAUAUAUAAUUUCCCACACUAAAUAAACUGAGAUUAGCAGUUACCACAGUGACCGAGAAAUGUGAGAAUUCAAAGUACAUUUAAAGGGAAUUUUACAUUUAAGGCCAGAGUAGCCAAACUGAAAGCACAUCUUAUGUUUGAAAUUUACUUUGAAUUCUCACUUUGGUGAAUAACUCUGAAAGUCUUUAUAUCGGGUUAUAACUGGUUGAUGGAUUGCAGGAUAAAACUUAGUGAGGGAGUUUAAGCAUGCGUGGGAUAGGCAUAAGGCUAUCCUAACUAUAAGAUAAGGCCAGGGACUAAUGAGAGUAUUUAGAAAAUUGGGCAGACUAGAUGGGCCGAAUGGUUCUUAUCUGCCGUCACAUUCUAUGUUUUUUUUAGUGGAUGCAUGGAAUAGCCUUCCAGCUGAAGUGGUAGAGGUUAACACAGUAAAGGAGUUUAAGCAUGCGUGGGAUAGGCAUAAGGCUAUCCUAACUAUAAGAUAAGGCCAGGGACUAAUGAAAGUAUUUAGAAAUUUGGGCCAAAUUCUGCCAUCACAUUCUAUGUUUCUAUGGUUCACUGCAUCAUAUUUCUGGGAUUAUAUAGUGAAAGCAUGGACAUGCACACUGGAAACAUAGCCUGUCCUUUGGAACUUGCAGAGAGCACUCACUUACUAUCACUUAAACAAUGAUUUUAUCAUAGAUUCUGCUGUGGACGCCUUUUAUGUAAACCCUUGCGACAAUCUGAGCCCGAACUCUUGUAUUUAACCAAUUUUUAUAAUAAAGUAAUUUUUUUGUCCAUAAUGUUAUUUUGUAAUAACUUUUUUUUUCCCAGGCCAGAGGUCAUGACACAUCCCGCCAUGUGUUGUCCUGCUUUGGGGGUGCUGGGGGUCAGCACGCAUGUGCUAUUGCUCGUUCGCUAGGGAUGAAAUCCGUGUUUAUCCACAAGUAUGUUCCAACUUCUUAAAGAGAUCUCUGUUAAAUCCACCGAGAACUAUCGGGGUUGUUGGUUUCUAGAGUUCGGCCAAUGGGGACCAUCACCUAUAUGGGAAAGACAAUGGGAGGUCUUCACAAGGCCCUUCCACCAUAAUUUGAUCAGAUCUUGAUAUCUGUAAUUAACCUAUUGUAAUGCAAAGGGGAUUGGUAUAGAGUUAUCCGUGACCAAAUUUCAUAUUAUUAUGCUUGUUCAGAUAUUGAUAUCAAUACUUAAAGGUACACUAUAACCACUUUAUUUCAUUGGAGUUCCCUGGUGCUUGGAGUUCCCUGGUGCUACCCCUCCAUUCAGUGUUAAGCAAUUUUUUAACAGUUUAACACUGAAUCAGGGUCCAUGGCAGCUUGCAGCUUGUCGCCCGCAGCAGAUACGGCUAAGGUGAAGAAUAUACUUUGUCUUAGCCACUAGCUCAUUCCAGCAAUGGGCAGCUGUAAGAGGCUGGAUGGUUACUGUCACCCAUACCAUAUUUUUGUUACAUGCUGGUUUUCCACAGUUGGUUGAUUUCACUAUAUUUUUCAUUGCAUAGGUAUGGAGGCAUCCUCUCAGCAUUUGGCAUGGCUCUUGCCGAUGUUGUACACGAGGCACAGGAACCUUGUUCCAUGGUGUAUAACGCAAAUUCCUACCGCUACCUGGAGGAGCACAUUGCUGCACUCGAGAAACAGUGUAUUGAGGAACUACAAAAGCAAGGAUUUCAUAGGUGAAACUAUGGCAGCAUAAUUCAAAUUAGGGAUGGGUGCCACCAAGUCCAGCUGACUGAGAUUAUACACUUAAAGAUAAUGGCAAGCUCACUGAUACGAGGUAUAGAAAGAGCCCGCCUUACAAUUUACAGAGAAUGCAGUACUGGGAAAACACGUGGUAUAAAGAGAGAUGGCUUAUAAUCUACAGAGAAUGGGUACAGGGGAAACGUGUAGUAUAAAGAGCGACCGCUUACAACCUACAGAGAAUGGGUACAGGGGAAACACGUGGUAUAAAGCUUAUAAUCUACAGAGAAUGGGUACAGGUGAAACAACGUAUAGAGUUCAUAAGCUUAUAAUCUACAGAGAAUCUACGACGGUAAAAAUGAGGUAUAGAAAGAGCUUGGCAUACAAGCUUGCACUCUAGAUGGGAUGGGGUAGAGGGUAAAAAUUAGGUAUAGAAAUAGCUUGCAAUCUAGAUGGAAUUGAGUACAGCAUAAAAAUGAGGUAUAAAAAGAGCUUGAUUUACAAUCUAGAGGGAAUGAGUCCGAGAGGAAACCUUUGAGAAACAUUUCUGUAGCGACCUACAUGCAAUUUGCUAAGGCCUUCAAUUUACCGAGGGUUAGUUGCCUAUUACGAGCACAGCAUGUCUCUUUGUAUUACUGGGAACAAAUGGAUUGUUUUUCUUGUUUAGGUCUCAGAUUGACUCGGAGCCGUUCUUACAUCUACGAUAUGAGGGUACAGACUGUUCCCUCAUGUGCUCCUCCAAGGGAUACCCUGCAACUGCCGAUUCGUGUCGAGUCGGUGAUUUCAGAAAGGCCUUCUGCUACAGGUGAAGAUGUAUAGUGAGAUAAUGGGGAUAAAACUAGUGUUAAACAUGAUCAUGGACUAAAAUUGGACCUCUUCCUAACGCUAUAUAAAAGUCCAUAAAAACUGGCAGUCGAAUUGAAUGAAUGCUAAUUAUUAGGUACCCUCUUUUAUGGACCAUUCUCUUUUAACAGUUGAGAUUUUGUGUUUGUAUUUUAUAUUAAUACCUCUGGAAUACAGAUGGAUUUUUAUUUUAUUUGCUGUUGUGGUGCAAAUUUUUUAAUUUGAUUUUAAGUUCAUGAACUUUCACUGUUUGGUAAAUAAAACCCACAGCAGGAAUAUUAAGAUAAAGGGAGUAUAGUGUUAUCCGUGACCAAGUUUCGUAUUAUUAAUGGUCUACUAUGUUAUCUGUCAAUUAAUGGCUUAUAACUUUUCAUUAUUGUUGUUUUAAUUUAAAAAUUACAUGUAUUUGAAACCUAGGAAGCAUAUGGGAUGGGAGAAUGAGAGGAGUUACCAUUUAAGUCCCUCUUCCUUCAGAGAUGCAGAGGGGCAGUAUGGAGCCUUGGUAAAUAAAUUAGUUACUGUGCAAAGUGAAGACCACACACCAGUGGAGCAAAGGGUAGGGAAGUGGGUUUUAUUGGCUCACUUGCAUCUUGCAUUUCUUUGCCUGUUUGUGUUUGAAGAUUAGGAAAUUGGUUAGAGUUUAGAAGAUAUUUUAUUAUACAAGCUGUACUGAAAAUCUAGAUGUAUGCAUGUAAUCACUCACAGAUACAUGACCGAGUUUGGCUUCACAAUUCCAUCUCGUAACAUUGUAGUGGAUGACAUCCGUGUCCGGGGAACUGGUAGCACUGGUAUCCGCUGUGAGAGCUGUAUCAAGCCUAGCGGACAGCCUGCCCGUGUGGAGACCGUAAGUGCUUGUCAUUGUUGGUAUUCUUUCUCUGUCAUUAAAUGUAUCAAUGGGUGUCCACGUCUAGGGGCCCUUUGGAAUAAGAGUCACUAAAACCACUAAGAUUUUUUUAAUCUGAAGGGGGGGGAUAACUUGAAAAAUGUAAUAAAAAAAUAAAGUAAACUGUCUUAAAUAAGGCUAAAUGUGUGAAUUAAAAAAACAAAACUGUAUCUCUGUCCCUGUAAUGGUUCCAAUUUUGCAAGUUCCUCUCCCCCGAUAGAUGGCCAUCUGGAGAAUCUGUGAUGAGCAUGUCUAAAUCAUUAAACACUUGUGUAAAAACGCCCUCUUUCAGCAGACUUUACACCUUCUUCACCUCUUUUAAAAAGUGUUUUCUGAUGUUACCCAUUUAGUGUUUCCCUUCUGUACAGAACUGCAUGUUGCUUCAUGUAGGGUUUUCACCUUCUUUGAGAUCAACAGACUUGAUAGGUUGGACUUAAGUCUUUUUUUUUUUUACCUCCACUUUGCUACAAUUUUAAUUGCAACAAUACUUUUCUCUGAGCAACACUAUAAUUUGUGUCUUAAUUAGAGUACUUAAGAACACUUUUUAAUUUGUUCCAUGCUUCUUCAGAGGAAUAAUUCCCAUAUUCAGCAUUAUUCACCCAAUAAGUUUCUGCUCUUGCUGUAUAGGUCACUAAAUGUUACUUUGAAGAUGGGUAUAAGGACACCUCAGUGUAUCUCCUGCAAGAACUGGCAUGUGAUCACACCAUUCAAGGGCCGGCCAUCAUAAUUGACAAAAACAGGUACGAGAAAUAGUGGAAAUGUUAAUGGUGAAAUUUACUAGUGAAAUGUUAGGAGUUUUCAGCUAAUUAUUUCACUUGAGGAAUGGGUCCCUGAAUUUGAAGACGAUGUCGCUAUACUAUGUAAUGUACAUAAUCUGGUUACCCGUGAAGAAAAGGCUUCAGACCCAUUGGCCUAAAGAGUUUACUAGUCAUUCCAGUAUAAUUAAAAUAAGUAAUAUAUGAUGCGUCCUCCUUUACUAUGUUAAAUAAAAUGUGGGUGACUUUACUGAUCAUGUAACAAUCUAGAUGACUGGUAAACUCUUGUCUAUGACUUGGUGUCCUCAAGUAAACCAUUUGCCUAACAUUUCCCCAUACCCCAACACUAUGUAAAAUCAGUGACUCCACAUUCCCCAACUCUAUGUAAAUUCAGUGACUCCACAUUCUCCAACCCUAUAGAGAUUCAGUGGCUGCCCAUUCCCUAACCAUAUGGAAAUUCAGUGACUCCCCAUUUCCUAACUCUAUGGACAUUUGGUGACUCCCUAUUCCCCAACUCUAUGGAAAUUUAAUGGCUCUGCAACUAUUUGGGAUUUCAGAUUGUUUUCCCCAAGAGGGUCCUAUUUCAAAUCAAUAAGGAUUAAACUUGGUAAAUGCUUGGCAAUCAGUGACCCUCUUUGCAGUUCCUCAGCCAAGCUAAAACUCAGGAGUUACAUUACUGGUCUCUAAAUAGUUGUCAUUGACAUGACCUAUAACAUGGAGGCAGGAAGCCUCCUACUGCUUCUUAGUGGAUGACCGUAGAUGUUUAAGAAGUCCAAAUAAGGCCUCUUUUUUUUUUUUUUCCUUACAGCACUAUCCUUGUUGAACCCAAUUGCACAGCCACUGUUACAGAAUAUGGAGAUAUUCAGAUCUCAGUAGGAAGUGAGCAUCAGCGACCAAUUGGGACAGAGCUUGACACGAUACAGCUGUCCAUCUUCUCCCAUCGCUUCAUGAGCAUUGCAGGUCAUUACAGAUCCUCUAUUCUUUACUUUUCAAUACUUUUGUCCAAUCUGGCUUUUUUCUGCCUGUGUUUUCUUAGUUUACAGUUGGUACUUCUGACUGUUUUACAGAACAAAUGGGUCGUAUCUUACAAAGGACAGCCAUAUCCACCAAUAUCAAGGAGCGCUUGGAUUUUUCAUGUGCUCUUUUUGGCCCUGAUGGAGGUCUUGUGUCUAAUGCCCCCCAUAUACCUGUCCACUUGGGUGCAAUGCAAGAAGCUGUCCAGUUCCAGGUGAGAUCAGACCUAAAAUAACUCAAAAAGAUAUUGUUGGUUUAGAUUCCAGGCUUGCAGAAUACUCAGGCUGGAGUUUAACAUCCAUUUUGUAUUCAUUCAUAAUUAUUUUACAUACUUAUCAAGCAAUAAAAUCCUUAAUAUACAAAUUAUACAAAACAAUACUUGAUAAAUGAUCAGUAUUAAAUAGUUUUCAGUGACUUAUUCCUAUUCUUUUUAUUUAAUUCCUAAAGAUUCCAAUUAUUCAAUCCACCACCUUUAUAUGUCAUCCAGUUUAAUUAAAAGUAAAUGGGAAGAUUAACAAAUAGAGUAUUAUGAGAAAAUUUGCUUGGGAUGUGUCUGUAUUAGACAAUAUGUAGCACAAACGUAUCCAGACUGACUACAUUUCUGCUUUUGUGUAAUUGAAACAUAGCUUCGAAAUCUUCAGGAUGACCUGAAAGAAGGAGAUGUCCUCCUGAGCAACCACCCAUGUGCUGGAGGAAGUCACCUUCCUGACCUCACAGUCAUUACCCCGGUAAGUACUCAAUGAUAAUUGUGACGUUUGAUGAUGAGGGAGCUUGAGCACUCUGACCUUACAUCAUUCCUCAAAUCUUUGUACCUUUAUUAACAGGAGUAGUCCCAGAAGAUUGGAAGUUAGCGAAUGUUGUGCCCAUUUACAAGAAAGGUAGCAGGGAGGAGUCGGUCAACUAUAGGCCAGUAAGCCUUACUUCAGUAGUAAUGGAAACCAUGUUAAAGGAUAGGAUUGUUGAACAUCUAAAAUCACAUGGAUUUCAAGAUCAGAGACAACAUGGGUUUACUUCAGGGAGAUCAUGCCAAACUAAUCUUAAUGAUUUUUUUGAUUGGGUAACUAAAAUUAUAGAUCAGGGUGGUACAGUAGACAUAGCUUACCUAGAUUUCAGUAAGGCUUUUGACACUGUUCCACAUAGAAGGCUUAUCAAUAAACUGCAAUCUUUAAGUUUGGAUUCCAAUAUUGUUGAAUGGGUAAGGCAGUGGCUGAGUGACAGGCAACAGAGGGUUGUAGUCAAUGGAGUAUAUUCAAAGCUUGGGCUUGUCCCCAGUGAGGUACCUCAGGGAUCUGUACUUGGACCCAUUCUCUUUAAUAUUUUUAUUAGUGAUAUUGCAGAAGGUCUUGAUGGUAAGGUAUGUCUUUUUGCUGAUGAUACUAAGAUAUGUAACAGGGUUGAUGUUCCAGGAGGGAUAAUCCAAAUGGCAAAUGAUUUAGGUAAACUAGAAAAAUGGUCAGAAUUGUGGCAACUGACAUUUAAUGUGGAUAAGUGCAAGAUAAUGCAUCUUGGAUGUAAAAACCCAAGGGCAGAGUACAGAAUAUUUUAUAGAGUCCUAACCUCAACAUAUGAGGAAAGGGAUUUAGGGGUGAUUAUUUCUGAUAACUUAAAGGUAGGCAGACAAUGUAAUAGAGCAGCAGGAAAUGCUAGCAGAAUGCUUGGUUGUAUAGGAGAGGUAUUAGCAGUAGAAAGAGGGAAGUGCUCAUGCCAUUGUACAGACCUCACUUGGAGUAUUGUACACAGUACUGGAGACCGUAUCUUCAGAAGGAUAUUGAUACCUUAGAGAGGGUUCAGAGAAGGGCUACUAAACUGGUUCAAGGAUUGCAGGACAAUACGUACAUGGAAAGGUUAAAGGAGACCGGGGGGAUAUGAUAGAAACAUUUAAAUACAUAAAGGGAGUCCACACAAUAAAGGAGGAGAAUAUAUUUAACCCUUUAAGGAUGGGGUAUUUUACAUUUAAGGACAUUUUGAUCUGAAAUUUAAAUUUCACUUUGAAUUUCCACUUUAGUGAAUACGUCUGCUAAUUUGUAAUGUUGCUCUUUCAGUGGCUUCCUUGGUGGUGAUAUUGAUUCAUGACUAAUAAUUGCUGCCCCAAGUGGCAUGGCUGUUUAGUGUAUGGCAAUAUGAACACUAGACAUGCACUUCUCAUGACCAUAAUUUCCAUUUUAUAUGAUUUUAUUAUAUUGGUUUAUUGGGACAUAAUUGCAUCUAAGUGGUUAUUAUUAUUAUAUAGCUUGUGCUUAUUAUUAUGUUGAGUUAUUAUUUAUAUAGCGCCAACAAAUUCCACAGAGCUUUACAAUGGGUGGACUAACAAACCUGUAAUUGUAACCCGGGGCCAGUACAAACCAUUAUCUGGAAAUCUAUUCAUAAACAGGGCUAUACAUAGAACACAAGGUCACACAUUUAGGCUGGAAGAAAGGAGAUUUCAUCUAAGGCAAAGAAAAGGUUUUUUU